AUGGGAGGCAUCAGUGCUGUCUACAUUCUUGAUAAUAAAGGAAGAAUGAUGAUAAACCGUACUUAUAAGGAUGAUGUACUUACCAACAUUACCGAGUCGUUCUAUGCAAACGUGCUACUUAAGGAACAGAACGCCGUUAAACCGGUGUAUCAUAGUGAUGGGAGUACAUUCAGCUGGAUAUUAUUUAAUGACCUAUACUUCGUAGCAGCCGCCUCGAGGAACUACAAUGUUGCUAUGGUACUAGCAUUCCUAUACAGGUUUGUCAAGGUCCUUGAAGGUUACUUUAAAACACUUGCGGAAGAGAGCAUAAGGGACAAUUUCGUGGUUAUAUAUGAGCUACUGGACGAAAUGAUAGACAAUGGCUACCCUCAAGCUACAGAAGUCAGUGUACUCAGGGAAUGCAUAAGGAACCGUAGUAACCAAACUACAACUGAUGCUAUUAAACCUCCUGCUGCAAUGACUAAUGCUGUAUCAUGGCGUCGUGAAGGCAUUAAACACAAGAAAAAUGAAAUAUUCCUUGAUGUUGUCGAGAGCCUUGACAUUAUUCUAUCUGCAUCUGGAACGGUACUACGUUCGGAGAUUCGUGGUUGCCUCAAGAUGAAGUCAUACCUAUCCGGUAUGCCACAUCUCUUUUUGGGUCUUAACCAGAAGACCAUCUUUGAAAACGCUGCUGCGAAUGAUGGGUCCAUGUCUGCAUACCAAAGGCCUGGAAAUUUGAAAACCAUAGAAAUGGAAGACGUCAAGUUUCAUCAAUGUGUACAACUCGACAGGUUCGAAUCAGAUCGUACUAUCAACUUCAUACCACCUGAUGGGGAGUUUGAACUCAUGACAUAUCGUCUCAACUGUCAUGUGAAACCGCUAUUUUUUUGUGAUGUCAUCGUAACCAACAGGUCUGCUACAAGGAUAGACUUUACUAUAAGAGCUGUAUCACAGUUCAAAUCUAAGUCAAUUGCUAACAAUGUGGAGUUCCACAUACCAGUUCCACCUGAUGUCAAAUUCCCAAACUUCAAAACUUCAAUUGGUACUGCCAAGUACCUACCCGAUGAAGAUGCUACUAUAUGGAGCAUUAAAGAAUUCCAAGGCGAGAAGGAAUUCACAAUGCACGCAUCUUUCGGACUACCUUCUUUGUCAGAUGACAACCGUGACGAAUUCUCAAAGAGAUCGGUUAAGGUGAAGUUUGAGAUUCCCUAUUUCACUGUAUCGGGAGUAUCGGUAAAACACCUUAGGAUCACAGAAAGCAGUGGAUACCAAGCAUUACCUUGGGUCAGAUAUAUUACCCAAAAUGGCGACUAUCAAAUUAGGAUGUCAUGA